AUGCCAACUGAGCUUCAUUCUCACUCCCUUUCUGUAAAUAAUAAUAAUAAGGAUCAACCUAAUGAUGAUUCAACACCACCAAUGAUGACGACUACGGAUUCUUCUAACAAAUCGUCUACCUCUGUAUUGACCGAUGAUCAAUUAUUGAAACUAUUAUUGAAUCAUCAAAAGGAUUAUGGAGCUCUAGGUGCCAAUUUAUUUCUCGUCAUGAUCGUGUUCGGAGUUAUCUUUUGUUGGGAAAGAGGACUAAAAACAUAUAUCACCAUCACACUAGUUGAAUUCAUAUUGCAAGUAAUUUUGGGAUUUCCGUUAAUGAAAAAGGUAACCACAUUACGAUGUUUCGAAAUGAUCACUCUUUGUAGACUUCCUAUCACGAUGCUGGUUCAAGUGUUAAUGUUUUAUUUUUAUGGACCUUUUCUUCCAUUUCAUAUAUUCUCAAUAUUCAGGAUUUUAUUUACAUCGGCAUCAUGUUUUCAUAAUAAUCGAUUGUUUUUUGUAAUGACAUUUGGAAUUGUUGGAUCAACGUUGGGAGGAAUGUAUUUGGCAUUUCAAAAGGAACGACAUUUACUGACAUCUCUUGAGGAAACAAAUUUUUAUUACAAACUUAUUGAAAUUUUCACCACACAGUACACGAUUGUUGUGGCCUCUUUUUUAUUCUGUCAGUUUUUUAAAAAGAAAUAUGAAGAAAAACACGAAACACAAAUUGAAAUCAGUAGAGAAAAAUCAAUCAACUCUGAAAAGACGCAAUUCAUUGCAAAUUUGAGCCAUGAAGCAAGAAAUUCAUUGCAGGGAAUUAUGGCAACUGUAGAGGUUUUAAAACACAAAGUUCAUGGAGGAGUUUGCCACAACAGUUGUGAACACUGUUUCAAAAAGGAUAGCUCCAUUAGUGAAUUGAUUGGAGAUGUUCAAUCGAGCGCAUCCAUUCUAUUGCAUGUAUUGUCAUCAUCACUUCAAAUGAGCUCUCUUGAAAUGGGAAUUAUCAAAUUGAAGAAUGAAGAAUUCAACACUCUCUCUUUAUUUGAAUCUAUGGCUGGAGUAUUUUCGUUAGAAGCUCAACGCAAAAAUUUAUCCUUAAAUUCGUUUUUCAAUGCAGCCAAGGUUCCAUUAUACUUGAAGGGUGAUUCAGUUCGAUUGAGUCAAAUUAUGAUGAAUAUCAUUUCGAAUGCAAUUAAGUACACAUCACAAGGUCUAGUGCGAGUAAAUUGCACCAUUGCGACGCCCAAAGAAUUAACAGAAAAUUUCAUGGAAAUUAACAAAGAGAAAACAUAUGUUAAACUCGAGUGCAUUGAUACUGGGCGUGGAAUUUCGAAAGAAGAACUUGAAAAAUUAUUUCACCCCUAUCAUUGGAUAGAUCCAGAUGCUGAUGUCACUCAUUCCUUUGAUCACUAUUACAAGACCUCCUCUCGACGAGCAAGUGCCACUCACGAAGCAAGUAGUCUCAUUAAUACCAAUAGAAAUGGGUUGGGCUUGAAAAUUACCAAAAUGCUUGUUGAAAAAAUGAACGGCAAAAUUUCUAUUGAUAGUGCUGAAUCGAAAGGAACAACAGUGACCGUGAUAUUGCCUCUUGACACGGUGAAGGAAACAGAGAAGAAGAUACAUGAUGAAUGGUUGAAUGAGGCGCAUAUUUCCAAAGUGCUCAAUGAAGACGCUCCAUCGGUCUUAUUGAAUGUCAUCAUUAUUGAUGAAAACCAAUGUUUUAGAGAUAGUUUAAAAUCAUACUUGAGUUUAUUUAAGAGAGUUCGAAAUAUUUCAGAAUUUGAUUCGUGUGAAAAUUUUCUCAAUCAGACUCAUUCGCUGAUCCAAGGUGACACGACACUAUUAUUUUGCCGAGAAAGUGACUAUGAGAUCAUCAGUGAAAGGCUUAAGGAGCAUCGAAAUAAGGUGAAAAUGGUUGCAACCAUCGUCAGAGGAACCACAAGAAUAUUCACCGAUAACAUGUAUCUUUCCAAACCCAUUCAAUUUGGCAACUUGAUAGAAAUUUUAGAUGAAACGACGUCAGUGGCCGAACAGAACAACAUUCUAUCAGAGAGAAGAAAUUCAUUACCUGAUUUUUCUCUCAAGUCAGUUUUACUAGCUGAUGAUAAUGCAUUGAAUCGAAAAAUAUUGGUGAAUAUGUUAAAAAUUAUUGGAUUUAAAGAUAUUGACACGGCCAAUGAUGGAUUGGAAUGUUUCAACAAAUUCAAAUCAAAGGAGUACUCUUUGGUAUUAUUGGAUUGUUUCAUGCCUAUCAUGACUGGAGGUGAAGCUUGUGAGAUGAUUCGAAAUUUUGAAAAGCAGAGAGACAAUGAUGGAAAAGAAAGAAUUCCCAUAGUUGCAAUUACUGCCAACACGUGGGAAACCAAGGAGCAACUGUUGUCACAAGGUUUUGAUGAUGCCAUGUAUAAGCCAAUCACCCUCGUUGAUUUGAAACAUCACAUAAUGGAGGUCAUCAAGUAG